UUGAGGAAGGCGAAGAUUCAUUCGCUCGAGAAAAAUCCUCAAAAAACAGGAUUGGGACCUGUUAAAGGUGCAAUAAAAAAAUUCAUUAAAAAUCAAGAGCAACACGAACAAUCAAGAAUCACACAAAAUCUAGAGAAUUAAUAGUUUUUAAGUGGCCAAACGUAGGAGAGAAAGCAUUCGACAUGCAACAUAUGUCAUCACAAAAAUUCUGGAUCUUGGCGAUUUUCUGCCAGAUUCUCGCGGUUCAGCUCUCGAACCAGAUGGAAGUUGGUCGAUUUCCACUUUUGAUGCCCAAUGUGCGACCAUAUCGGAACGAAUUGUAUCUUUGCACACCUGUUAAGGUGGAUUAUACACAAAACUACUACAUUACGGGCUUUGAGCCGAACGCGACAAUGAACACAGCACAUCACAUGUUACUUUAUGGCUGCGGCGAACCGGGUUCCGAUAAGAGUGUUUGGAAUUGCGGCGAAAUGAACAACGGCGACAUGGAAGAAGAAACUGCCGGUGUUUGUGGUCAAGGUGCAUCCUCGCAAAUUGUCUAUGCAUGGGCUCGUGAUGCCCCGCGUCUCGAAUUGCCCCAAGAUGUGGGUUUCAAAGUCGGCGCCGAUUCCCCCAUUAAAUAUUUGGUGUUGCAAGUGCACUAUAUGCAUGCAUUCCCGCCCGGCAAAACUGACGAUUCUGGAAUUUUCAUCGAAUAUACGCUCCGAACGAUGCCAAAACUCGCUGGCGUGCUGUUACUUGGCACAGGAGGCGCCAUUCCCGCCCAAAAAACCGAACAUAUGGAAGUGGCAUGUACCAUCAAUGAGAAGAAGACAAUUUAUCCGUUUGCAUAUCGGACCCAUACGCAUGCCCUGGGCAAAGUUGUGUCCGGUUAUCGGGUCCGUGAGGAUUUGCAAGGCAAAGAUCAGUGGACAUUGCUCGGAAAACGCGAUCCCUUGACGCCACAAAUGUUCUAUCCGACUGCCAGCAAGGACCCCAUCAAGUAUGGCGAUAAAGUGGCAGCACGUUGCACGAUGGAAAGUCACCGCAACAAGACAACGUACAUCGGGGCGACAAAUAACGAUGAAAUGUGCAACUUUUAUUUGAUGUAUUUUGUCGAAAUUGGUGAACCAUUGGACCAGAAAUACUGUUUCAGUAACGGGCCAAGCAAAUAUUACUGGGACAAAGACGAAAUUAACAACAUUCCCGAUGACGCAAGUUCAUUGUAAAUCUCUCUGCCUAUCUCUCUCUAGUCUAUUUUUUAAGUUUUAAACUUUUUAACGGCACAAAUUUUAAUUUUUUUAACAAAAAAAAAUUUAUACAUAUCUCGAACGAGUUGUGAAACUCGGAACUUCCUGACACAAAUACAUUCCUCGACAAUCGUUUUAUUUUAGCAAAAGUGUUACUUAAUUUUAAGAAAAUUUUAUCUCUAUCAUUCCGUUGAAUUUUUUGUUUUGUAGCAUUAUUGAGUCUCUUCCAAUCGAAUAUUUUAAAAAAAAAAAAUAUAUACUUAAACAUUAAUGGAAAAAUCGUACAAAAAAUGGAACAUAACUUUGUGAAAAAAGAGAAAAUUUUAUUGAUGGAAACAUACGUGUGAUCAAAUGAAAAAAAAUUAUAAGAAAAAAUGGAGAAAAGUGGAAAUAUUCUUGUACUUUAACAAAUAUUGAAUUACUUAUUGUAAAAAAAUAAUUCUGUCAAUGAGUUUUAUUGGAAAUAAUAAAAAAAAUAUAUAAAU